AUGACAGUAGCUACAGUAGAAGCUAUUGCAGACAAUGACCCGUUAGAUGAGAACGAUUCUGGUCAUGUUAGAACAGAUCUUGUUGUGUCAUGUGAUGAGGGCGAGAGCUGCGGGGCUACAUUCGUGUGCGCCAGCCUUAACCCUGAUGCGGAGGCCGCCCUGGAGGGCCAAGAGCAGACAGCGACGCAGACGCAGACACAGCUGACGGUGUCGACAGCGAGUCGCGCCGGCGCACACCUGCUGGCGGGCAGCCUGCGCGGCGUCGCCCGCCUCGUCUACGACACCGCCGUCGAUGUCAGCGUCUCCAGCGGCGACGACCCCGGCGUCUACCGACCAUGGCGUCAUUUGGAUGUUCGUAACUCUGGCAUAUCUACCAUCCAGAACAACGAAGGUGGGUUCAAGGUUAAUCUAGACAUCCAGCAGAUUCAGCCGAAGGAACUGACGGUAAAGGCGCCGUCGACGUGCGCGUCGGCGCUGCCGCUGCCGGUGCGCAGCUUCUGCCGUGCCUUCCCCUGGCACCUGGUGCUGGACGCCGAGCUGCGCCUCACGCAGCUGGGCUCCGGCUUCGCACGCCUGCUGGCGCCCCUCCGUCCGCUCGCCGACCCGCCGCCGCCACUGGCGGACCUGUUCUCGGUGCGCCGGCCCCGCGGGCUGUCUCUGCGCUUCCGGGACCUGGCGGCGCGCGCCAACUCCACGUUCGUGCUGCAGCUGCUGGCACCCUGCGCGGCGCAGCUGAGUCCGAGCGACGGCUUGGAGCUGAAGGGCCAGAUGGUGCCGUGUCCAGAGUCGGGGUCGCUGCUGUUCGUGGGCUCGCCCGACCUGGACGGGCUCGAGGGCCUCACCAGCCACGGGCUCUUCAUCUCGGACAUCCCGCUACACGACGCCACGAGGGACGUCAUCCUGGUGGGCGAGCAGGCGCGAGCGCAGGACGGACUGCGGCGGCGCAUGGACAAGCUGAAGGGCCGCAUCGAGGAGGCGAACCGCGCCGUCGAUGCCGAGCGCCAGAAGAACGUCAGCCUGCUGCACCUCAUCUUCCCGCCGCACAUCGCCCGCCGCCUCUGGCUCGGUAAAACCAUCGAAGCGACGACGCACGACAAUGUGACGAUGUUGUUCAGCGACAUCGUCGGCUUCACGUCCAUCUGCUCCAACGCCACGCCCAUGAUGGUCAUCAGCAUGCUCGAGAGCCUGUACAGCCAGUUCGAUGUCUUCUGUGGCCAGCUGGAUGUUUAUAAGGUGGAGACGAUAGGAGACGCCUACUGCGUGGCCGGCGGACUGCACAAGCAGUCUUCCACACAUGCGCAGCAGAUCGCGUGGAUGGCGCUGCUCAUGAUCGAGACGUGCGCCGCGCACCGCACACACGACGGCCAGCCCAUCAGGAUGCGCGUCGGCCUGCACACGGGCGCAGCGCUGGCUGGUGUGGUGGGGCGCGUGAUGCCCCGCUACUGCCUGUUCGGCCACCACGUCACCAUGGCCAACAAGUUCGAGUCGAGCAGCGAGCCGCUGCGGGUCAACGCCAGUCCCACCACCUACCAGUGGCUGUCGCAGACGGAGGGCUUCCAGUUCGAGGCGCGGCCGCGAGAGUGCCUUCCGCGGGGCUUCCCCGACGACGUGGAGGGCACGGCGCACUUCGUGCUGGGCUACUGCCACCCUUCGCUGCCCGCCGACCGGCCUCUGGUCGAACACAUCGACACCGCCCAGCGAGAGCUGCUGGGUCACUGAAUACCGGCCACACUGCUCGUCCUGGUGUGGCGGCACUCAGGGACCCUUCCAGCAACACAAGGAGCGCACUUCAGUCUAAACGGUGGAACUACGGCGCUGAAGUGCUUCAGGGAACUGUAUCACAUUGAAUACGUUGAUGGAGAAAAAAGGAACACCGCCAAACGAUAUGUAAACAGGGUGUAUUAUAAUCAGUAGCCAAAACUGACGCAAGCGAAAGUAUAUGACAGCAGUGUUGUAUUCUCGUCGCCACUGUAGUCUUGUACCAUAGUAAUCAAGGGAGAGGCUGUUGUUUGGUGUCAGGUAUCCUCUUUCUACAACGCAACUGCACACAUGUAUUCUUUAUUUACUUGAACAGAAAGCUACCUAUCUUGAGAGAGACCAUGUAUUCUGUAAAAGUCCACGUUAGCGUCAGUGCUGGUGAAGUACACAUCCCGCUAUGCAGUGCAUGACAGACGCCAAAAUAGGAUGGAGUUAGUAUGCCAGUGACUGAGCUAGUGACUGAGCGACUGUGCAAGUGACUGAGACUGCUGACUGAGGCUGAGACCGGUCAGCGGCGGCGAUCUAAUUACUUGCGGUCGCGUGGGCGUUGGCGGAGCGUUGCUUGCGAGUCAGUCUUUGGCCUCUCUCCUGAUAGGUGCGCUUGAUCCAGUGCCUACUAUCGAUCUUCUUGUAACAUCUCUGCUGAUGGGUGUGCUGGCGACAGCUUACGUGAGCCCAAGCACAAGAAGAAAAGCUCCAGUGAACAUUUGUCCA